AUAUGAUCCAUAACACUUUGUGAGGAGACAGCGGACGGGGCAUCGUUAUCCUUCUACCUUCUUUUGUUCUGUUUAUGCUGUCAUUAAUUUGAUUAUGCUUUUAACAAAUAAAAACUUUGUAGCGGGCCAUUAAGUAACUUACAUUACUUUGCUUAAUGCAAUUAUUCACACAAAGACUUUUUAUAGUAAGACGUUAUGUGGGAAGUGGUUGAAAAAGUGAUUCGAUCCAAAAAAUUUCAACAGCGUUCGUCUUUGGACAAAAACAGGACAGUGUGUCAAAUUUGAUGAGAAUACCUCAAAAAUUGCGGCUUGUAGCUUGAACAUAAGAACAUGUUAAUGGACGGACAGAUGGAUAAUUAACCAUGUUUCGUUUUGUAUUGUUAACCGUUUGUUUGGCUGUACCAGCUUUGGGUUAUUCAACUGGAGGCCCCCAACAAAUCUGUACGAAUGGUUUAACACCCGAACAUCAUGUCGAUCCCCAAACUAGCCCUGUACCCUAUAGCUUUUCCGGAGGCAAUACUGUCAAAUCGGGUGACAAAAUCACUAUCACUUUAGAGGGUGGCGACUUCUUAGGAUUUGCCAUUCAAGCGCACGAUUCGAAAGGAGAACCGAUCGGUACUUUCAAAAUUGUCGAAUCCAAUAAAUCACAAACUUUAAGUUGUUCUAAUCCUGAUGACACUUUGACCCAUAAGAAGAUACCUAAAGAUAAUCCAAUUACGAAAGUUGAAUUUCAGUGGAUUGCUCCGGCCGGCUAUAAGGGUAAAGUAAAAUUUGUCGGUACCGUAGCAAAGGACGGCGCUACAUUCUGGGUACGCAAAGUAUUGAAGGAAGUCGAUGUGGAGUAAUCGCUUGUUGCUGUAAUUUACUAUUAAAUAUUUCCCUUUGUUCUUUCAAUUUAUAAGAAAAAUUUAUUAUUACUUUUAUAUUUUCCUUAUCAUUUAUAUUUCGUUUUUAUUUUUUUAAUUUUUUUUUUUUUUUUAGUAUAUUGAUGAUGUUAAUUUAGUGAAAAAUGUGAUAGAAAUAUAUGAAAGGAACUAAUUGAAUAACAAUAAAUACAGCAAUACAACAAUAAAAAGAAUAAAAUAUAA